CAAUUAAAAUCUAUAUAUAUAUUUUUUAAACAGUUUUGAGUUGUUUUAGAUUUUAAAACAGAUGUUAAUCCAGCUAGAACAAAACAAUAAUGUAACAUUAUCCUGCUGGAGGAACAACACGUUGUUGUGUUGAUGCUGUCAGAUUUGUUUUGCUCUCUCAGCUGAAGUCACAGAGGAUGCUACACCAGCCUAUAGGAAGUCACACUUUACAACAAACAAGGAGGACGUAAUCGUGUGUCCUGCGGAUUUUUUUUUUUCAAGGAGUAAACAAUCAAAGCGCGAUGGAUGAAGGCACGGCCACAGAGACCAUCCCGGAUCUGAAAGACAUAGAGGUGAAAAUUGGCCGGAAGACCCCCGAGGGUUUGCUCAGGUGGAUGCGGGAGGAGGCGUCCACUCUCCGGGGAGAAGCCAAGCUGGCCACCGCGCACGAAACCAGUAAGGAGACGGGGAAGAAGAGUCUGGAUGAAAAGAUCAGGAAACUGAAGAUGGAGAUGGCUCACUUGCGCUCUGUGGACGUGAAGAUCUUGCAGCAGUUGCUUGCGGUCCAUGAAGGCAUCGAGGCUGUGAAAUGGCUGAUGGAAGAGCGUAGCACCCUGACGAGCCGUUGCAGCAGCCUCACCAGCAGUCAGUACAGCCUGGGCGAGGGCCCCGACACCUCCUGGAGGGGCUCCUGGAGCAGCCUGCAGGACCCCAACGACAAACUAGACAACAUCUCCAUUGGCAGCUACCUGGAUACCCUGGCGGAUGACAUGGAUGAGUACUGCCCAUCCAGCUCGGAGUCGGUCAUCUGCUCGACCACACCGCUGGUCUCAGAGGCUAACGUUGGGGGCCGCACAGGGGCCAUGGUCACAACAGCUGGGGUAGUCGGUAGGUCCGGCACUGGGGCUGGAAAUGGGACUCGGUCUACUGAAGGUGGAACUGUAGUUGAAAAUGGGACUGAGGUGAAUGGUGGGAUAGGGACUGGUGUUCCCAAUGCCAUCAGUGGGAAUGGAAUGGUUAAACCACCAAUCGGCUCUUUCCAAGCCAAGUCGGAAGGCCCCAAGCAAGACACUCCAGUGUGGACCAAGGCUGCAGAGACCAGCAAAGGAAGCCCUGUUUCUAAGGGCAACACCCAGACACAAGGCGUUAAGGUCAAUGGCGUCCUGGAGAAACCAACCAUGCAAACUGGCAAACCAACCCGCCCCAGCCUCAAGGAGAAACUGGGAACCAAUCCAAGCCCCAAACUCAAACCGUACAAAAACGGAAAGAUCGACCUGGAUACUUGCAAGAUGAAUGGCAAAAUGCAUCUGGAGUACGACGCACACUGGCGCUGGGUGCAGUCGCAAGAAGACGUUACAUUUUUGUGAAAAAGGAUAAUAACAGAGGGAGAGCCACUAUUCAACAGCCUCUCCUUAUAAUCAAACACCAGGGCUCUGAAGUAGAGAUGAAGAACAAACUGCUGUUUUGAAAUGCACAUAGUGAGGCUUUCUGUGAUGAACCACACUGGGUUUGAAAUACGUUUUUUUUGUCACCUUGUGUUCCCUCCUGUGACUGCACUAACUCUAUGAAACAUUGAUGUCAGUAUUUUAAGGUGGAUGCACAUAACAGGAUUUUGACCAUAUCAAGCCAAACAGGGCUGCCUCUAACAAAGCUAGGAAAAUGUCUUUCAAAAAACCUGUCAUACUUUUUCUCAGGGCCUUUUUUUGGCAUCUCCUGAUUUUCCUUCUUAUUCUUUCAUACCUUUUCUUUCCUUUCCUUUUCUACAGCACAGUGAGAUGAUCUGACAGAGAGCUGAAGCAUGAUUUUGGACUGCUUGACACAUUAAAUAAACAAUAUGUGAAUUAGUAGAUGUGAGUUAUAAUUUUACCUUUUAGUCCAGACACUAAUUUCCAAAAA